UCCACGUCAGAACAUUGCAUUGUCCACGAAUUGGUCUCAAGCUGUAGCCCUGCCAUGGCUUCCACACUUGCUUGGCCUCCUCAUGGCGUCAAUCCUCGCACCAGCUCCUCUGCAACUCUCGCCAUAGCUUCGAAUUCCUCUCACUCGCCGUUCUGACUUCCUUUCCGAGGUCCUUAGCUUAAUGUUGUCUGAUGGAAUUGGCAGUAGCUUCUGCUGUUGGCGUCGGGAGUUGUGUUUAGGUCAUUCUCCCGGCUUCGCGAGGCGAGUUUCCGGUGGGGUUUCUCAGACUAGUGUGGUGUGAAGAUCUGCUGACAUUGUGAGAAACGGCGUGGCCGCGUUGCCUUCGGUGCCUAUGCAUCCCGAUCGCCAGAGUACUAUACGAGGUGGUUGUGAAGGUUUGAAUUGCAAUGCUAGCAUGGACAACGCAACAGGGGACAACUGAUCAUUGAGCCUGUUAGUGCUGGUGGCGUUGCGUUCUCAAUUCCCUUGGAAUGCUUAGAAUUGCCUCUCGAGGCUUUUUCACAUUUACGGUGUCCUCCUUAUUAUCAAAUUUUAGCGGACUGAAAUAACUUCAAGAUGCCCAGCUUAGAACAGGAGAAAGUUUCAGAUGAAGGCACCUGCGCUUCCAAAGGUCGUCAUUGAAUCCCAAAUUAAUGGAGACGUGAAGGAUACAACAACCUAGGAUAUAUUUGGAAAGGACAUUACUUGAGGCCCUAUCUAAAGGAGCGAUGUUGGAUAAUGAGUUGAAAGAAAGAGGUACUGCUCAAGACCCUUCGGAGGCAGGGAGGGAGUCUAAUAAAUUAUUGUGUCAAGAGAAAGGCUCUCCCUCCGGUUUAAGCAGAGACAAGGUGGAUGGGGGAGUAAGCCAAGAUCACUCAGCGAAGGAUGAAGCUCUUGAGACUGGGCAAGAUGCUCCUAGAUGGGCUUCAUCAGCAGUGGAGAUAUAUGCAAUUCAAUGCAACGCCUGCUUCAAGUGGAGGAUUAUACCAACGAAGGAAAAGUAUGAGGCUUUAAGGGAGCAUAUUUUGGAGCAGCCAUUUAUAUGCGUCCAAGCCCAGGAAUGGCGCGAGAAUAGUAAUUGCGAUGAUCCUGCAGAUAUUGAUAACGAUGAACCAACCGUAUUGUGGGCAAUUGAUAAACAUGACAUACCUCGUCCUCCGGAAGGUUUUUCCAGAAGAGUUGUCCUUCGAGCCGAGAACGCUAAGAAGUUUGCUGAUGUGUACUACUCAACACCAUGUGGGAAGACCCUACGCUCCUUGCCUCAAGUUCAGAAGUAUUUGGAUGAGCAUCCUGAACAUGGUGCACAGAUUACCCAGUUCUCUUUCACAAGCCCCAAAGGCCGAGCAGAUGCAUCGGGAGCAGGUGUGUCUACCAAAAGGUCUUCGUAUGAUGGAAAACAAUUAAACACAGAACCUCGUAAGCGAAUGAAGGGAAGUGUUGCAAUGCCGCCCCGGCAUCGACCUCCUUCCGGUGAAAAACCUCAUGCGAAACACAAGAAUUUGUCUGCAUCGAAAUCAAAUGCCAUGGUUGAAUUAAAGACCAAGUUGGAGCAGAUUGAUGAUUCAGGUAGUCCUGCUCAUCUAGGGAUGAAAAUUGAGGAGAAGCAAGGUUCUGGUAGUAAGACUGGGUGAAGAAGCUCUCUCGUCUGCAUGUCACGUCUGACGAAACCUUUUCUCUUGCGACCAAUUCAUGAUUUAUCUAGUCAAAUGCAGGACAGCCUGGCGAAUAUUAAGGCAUGUUGAGUUGUAAUGCUGACUUAUGCGCACUGACGAAGCUCUUGGUGAAAGAAGCGUCUAGAAUUACCGUCUUGAAGCAGAACUCACAGCAGAGUUUGAACGUCUCAAACCUGGUUUAUCGAAGCGACUUGAAUGUGUAAAAUCUCAUUCUCUUUUGAAUUGCAACUGCUACAGAAUCUUGCUCAGUGUGUGAUCAGCCAGUGGAAACGACUACACCAGCACAAGAACUAUGCACAUAGAUUAGUCCAUUACGUUAUUCCAUUAUAUUUGGGUGAAAUAACUGGACGCUGGCAUAUUGGACUUCAUCACAUCUUUCAACGUAUCACUGCUCAUCCAGUAGGGUAUUUCAAACAACAGCAUCAUGUCUACAGCAUGGGCACUGAACUCAUGUCUAGAUGUGAUUGUAAAAGUUUCUUGAUGUGAAUAUUGUAUGGUUCUAUAUGUUCUUGUA